GGUCUUGACUCCGCGCACGGAAUAUAUAUACACUUUUCUCAUGCAUUAGAGUUAAACAAUAUCACUUCUUACCUUAAAACUUUCACUUCACGGAAAUUCUAGUAUUAGAAUGUAUGCAGAUACAACCUCCUAUCAUCAUCGCCAUACUAAAGAGGAGCGCUACCAACCACAUCAAUUAUGAUCAAGUAAAAUCAGGUUUCUCUUUGGAGGAGAGUUAAUUAUUUUCUUUCUAUAUCGGUUAAUGUCAUACUAUAUGAAAGAUAUGUGGAUCAAAGGUGGCCUAGAAAACAUUAUCUUCAUUUUCCCGCGUGCGGUAUAGUUGUUUGUUUCUUUCUUUUUUGCUAAGAGUAGUAACAUAACAGUUACGUACAAAUACACACAAAACAACUUCGUACCUGGUCAAAGCUAGCACACUUUGUUUGUUUGAAAAACAACAAAUCAUUGAUCCUGACAAGGGCAUUCUAGUAAACUCACUCACCAACUCCCACCUUUCAGUGUUAAAUAAAAACAGAACACUGAGAAAUUACCAGGAAAUUCAUCUCAAACUUCAGUUAUCACCGUUACGUGGCGGAAACCGCCAUAAUCAUCAGCAACCAAUGACAGUCCUAACUGACGUAACUGGCGUACUUUCCAAUGACAUCGUUUCCGAUCUAUGGAAAAAUCUCGCAACCAUUUCACACAAAACACUCAAUUCCAAAGCAACCGCAGAACAUCUCUUAACUUUCAUUCGAGAGAUUCUUCCAUCAAUCGAACGGAUAAAAUACUCCGGCGUCGAACUUCCACAGCCGAGACAAUCUCAUCUCGACCGUUUAUCCGAGAUUCUCCGUUCCGGUGUUGAGCUUUCACAUCAAGCUUUAGCUACAAGUCGUUGGAAUGUUUACAGAAACUUUCAGCUUGCGAAAAAGAUGGAGAAUCUUGAAGAAACGGUUACCAAAUACUUGCAGGGUCCGUUACAGGCUGAGAUACUUGCUGAUGUUAGUCAGGUAAGGGUUGAUAUGGCGGAACGGUUCGAUAGGAUUGAGGCGUCGAACCGGAGGAUGGAGCGGUUUUUUGAGGAUAUGAAGAUUGGAGUUGGUGUUGGUGGUAGUGGUAGUGGUAGUGGUUGGAUUGAGGAAGUUGUUAGGAGUAGUGAAGAAGAUGAGGGUAGUUUUGGGAAUUUUAGUUUGAGUUUUGGGUUGGAGUUUGGAAAGAAUAAGGUUGUGGAAAUGGUUGUUGGAAGAAAAGAUUUCUGUGUUAUUGGGAUUUGUGGGAUUGGUGGAUCUGGGAAAACUACUCUUGCUAGAGAGAUUUGCAGAGAUGAACAAGUGAGAUGUUAUUUUAAGGAAAGAAUUUUGUUUCUGACGGUCUCGCAGUCACCGAAUGUGGAGCAGCUGAGGGGAAAGAUUUGGGGGCACAUCAUGGGAAGUGGAAGCAUGAAUACCAAUUAUGUUGUUCCGCAGUGGAUGCCCCAAUAUGAAUAUGCCGGGAGCCAGGCUCAAAUCCUGAUUAUUCUCGACGAUGUGUGGACACUUUCCGUGCUGGAGCAGCUAGUGUUUAGAAUACCUGGUGUCAAAUUCAUUGUGGUUUCCAGGUUCCAUUUCUCAGUUUUCAAUGCAACUUAUCAAGUGGAACCGCUCGGCGAAGACGAUGCCUUGUCUUUGUUCUGUCACCACGCUUUUGGACAGACAUCAAUCCCUUCCACAGCUAAUCAGAAUUUAGUCAAACAGGUUGUGGCUGAGUGUGGAAAGCUUCCACUGGCUCUUAAAGUGAUUGGAGCUUCGUUGCGAGAUCAGAACGAGAUGUUUUGGUUGAGUGUCAAAACAAGGCUUUCACAAGGGUUAAGCAUAGGCGAAUCCUAUGAACUUAAUCUGAUUGAUCGAAUGGCAAUCAGUAUUAAUUACCUGCCAGAAAAGAUCAAAGAGUGCUUCUUGGACCUGUGUUCCUUUCAAGAGGAUAAAAAGGUUCCUCUAGAAGUUCUAAUCAACAUGUGGGUUGAAAUCCAUGAUAUUCAUGAAACAGAAGCAUAUGCUAUUGUCGUUGAGCUUUCGAACAAGAAUCUCCUCACCUUAGUGAAAGAGGCACGUGCUGGGGGAAUGUAUAGCAGUUGCUUUGAGAUUUCUAUUACUCAACAUGAUAUACUGAGAGAUCUUGCCCUUAAUUUGAGUAAUCGUGGAAGCGUUAAUCAACGCCGAAGAUUAGUAAUGCCAAAACGAGAUGAUGAUGGACAACUUCCUAAAGAAUGGUUGAGACAUGAGGAUCAACCGUUCGAAGCUCAAAUUGUUUCAAUUCAGACAGGUGAAAUGAGAAAAAGUGAUUGGUGUAAUUUGGAAUUUCCUAAAGCUGAAGUGCUGAUUAUUAAUUUCACAUCCAGUGAAUACUUCUUACCUCCUUUCAUUAAUAGAAUGCCAAAUUUGAGAGCAUUAAUAGUAAUAAACCACAGCACUUCGUAUGCGCGUCUUCACAAUAUUUCGGUUUUGAAGAGUUUAACCAAAUUAAGGAGCCUUUGGCUUGAAAAAGUUUCAAUCCCACAGUUAUCUGGCAUAGUCAUGGAAAGCUUGAGGAAAUUGUUUAUAGUCCUUUGUAUGAUUAACAACAGUCUUGAAGGAAAAGAUUCAAACCUAGCCGAUAUCUUCCCGAACAUCUCUGAGCUCACACUUGAUCACUGUGAAGAUCUAACUGAGUUUCCUUCGAGUAUUUGUAAGAUACAGUCACUAAAAAACUUGAGUCUCACUAACUGUCAUAAUUUGACACGAUUACCAAAUGAAUUAGGCUCGCUAAACUCUCUAGAGAUUCUCCGGUUAUAUGCGUGUCCGGAUUUGAGAACACUUCCUCCUAGCAUCUGCCAAAUGACUAGAUUGAAGUAUAUCGACAUUUCUCAAUGUGUUAACCUUACAAGCUUCCCCGAAGCAAUCAGUAAGUUGGUAAGCUUGGAGAAGAUCGACAUGAGGGAAUGUCCGAUGAUUGCAAAUAUACCUAAGUCUGCAUUGUCAUUGCAUUCUUUGCAGCUUGUAAUUUGUGACGAGGAAGUUUCAUCGACGUGGAAGGAAAUCGGGAAGGCCAAGCCUAAUCUCAAUGUUCAAGUAGCAGAGAUGCAAUAUGAUCUAGAUUGGUUAGAUACCGACUAAUGAUUAUGUUUCUUGUAAUUUUUUAGCUUCACAAUUCUUUGUAAAUAUUUGUUCAUAUAACCGUUAUUUGUGAUGGAAUUGGAAAUUGUAGCAUGCCAUAAUCUUUUUGGUAUGCCUUAAAUUUUGUAUAAUUAUUAGUUGAGUUAACAAACAAGAAUGUCAAUUUCUGAAA